AUGUGUGGAAUUACAUAUUGCAACUGUGAGGACUCUGGCGUUUCAAGGGACAAUUGGGAAAUGGGAUCGGUUUGGUAUUUGGGAAAAAUGCGACGAAAUGGAUGGACUGGAACCAGCGAGAUUUUAGCAUUUGCGUAUUUACAAAACGGGAUAGAUCGGGAGGAUCUAACCAGUGUCAUUGUCAUCAUAUUGGGUGGAGGGAUUGGUGGAUGGAGAUGGGGAUGGAGAUGGAGAUGGGAAUGGGAAUGGGGAUGGAAGUGA